ACUUCAUAAGUCAUUAGCGUGGCCUGUUUUUUUGUCAUGCAAUGUAGUCGCAUGAUGUCCCAAUGUGUUGCUAAGUAGCUAAUUUAGCGAGCUCGUCUGCCGAGGUGGAGAUUGACUGGCAUGUCUUUCAAAGAGCUAUCAAACAUGUCUACAGCCAAGCACAGGAUGCGCGAUAAGAAGAUGAGGAACCAGCCGAUCAACGUCACCUAUUCCUCCCAGGGCAGCUCACACUGGAGGAACGGAGGGGACACCCCAACAGGUCGAGGACAUGAUCUGUCUCCACAUCCAUGGGGCCAGGGGUCCUCCCACUCUGGCCAUGCCCAGAGAGGGGGCUGGGUCCGGGGCCACCAGAGAGAAGGACACGGGGGAUACCCGCAGGCUAUGCCCACACACAUCACUGCCUCAGCGUUUGCCAAGGCCCGGGCUGCGGAGGUGAACGCCAUGUUGAUGGCCGUCACCAAGACAACAGGCAGCUCCCAUGUGUUUGGAGCUCUUCCUAAACACAUGAGGAGGAGGGCCAUGAGCCAUAACACCAAGAGACUGCCCUGCAGGCUGAGACACAUGGCCAACAACAUGGACAUGUCGUACUACUGCUGUGUGGAGUUACAGGGGCCAGGGGAACAGCUGUUAGCUGCUCUGUCUAAGCUGACCAGCAAGGAAACUGGGCCUACGUUUGCAGCAGCCAUGUGUGUUUCAGGCAGGAGACAGGGCAGUGUGGUGGUGUACCGAGCAGGACAGUACCCUCUCCAGCCCCUGGGGCCUGUCACAUUCCUCUGGAGGCCCACAACGCAGGGCCGGGGGGGCCAGGAGGACCAGGGCUCCCAGGGAUCAACACACAGACAGCUGUGGAUCUGGGCUCACCCCACCAUGAAAACGGACCUCCUCCCAGAGCUGCAGGCUGUCUGUCAGUGUUCUGAGGCUGUCCUUCCACCUGCUCCAGUGGACCUCCCUGUCCCACAGCCAGCCCCUACCCCCACCUUGGCCCCCGGUCCUGGGGCUGGUCCUGAGGCGGUGCAGGCCUCUGGUUCUGGUUCUAAGAGGAAGUGGUCCUCCAGGGAGCCUGAGGCUGCUGGACCACCAGCCAAGAAGCUCCUGGGAUACAGUACCAUUUCUGCUACGACACCCGUAACCUGGAGGUCCAGUACCACUGGUAUAGUCAUCAGUGACCUCACCAUGGAGAUGGUGCGGUAUCGUCUGAUUGGACCUCUAUCACAUUCCGUUCUGACUGAAACCCUGGCCCCUGCCACACACUGUGAUGCUCCAGGUAAAUCCAGACCAUCUCCCUUCUGGUGGCCAGAUCACUGCAGAGACGACUGUAACAUGUCUCUUCAUCAACAACAAGCUGGUGUCUUCAACAUGCUCAAAGGUGAGUUCCUCACAACUACAUUCCUCAUUCAUUACCUACGAUCAGGGCUCUCCAACCCUCGUGCCUCAUGUGUGUACUCCACAGCGGAGGUCCCAGCCGGCUCAGUUCUGGGUCUGACGGUGGAUGACCCCAGAUUGACCUUACCAAACAAGAGAAGCAAGGCCGUGUCCGACAUCAGGAAGGCACAAGGAGUGAACGAGGAGAGGAGGAGGGAACUGAUGUUGAAGGGGAUCCCUGAACCGCUCAGCCAGAGUUCCCUGUGGGACCGGUCUGUCCGCGACAACGUCACACACAACAAGAUGACAGACCAGGAAGUAAACAGACUGCGUAAUGAUGUUCUGGUCCCAGGCUCCAGACUCCCCACCCCCCUGCAGGGUAGAGUACCCGUCCUACUGGUGCAGCAGUCUGGGAAGAGCCAGGGCACAGAGAUGGGGUCCUGGGGGGCGGGAUGGGACCUGCUGCUACCCAAGGCCUGGGGCAUGGCCUUCUGGGUCCCUCUGGUUUAUAGAGGAGUACGUAUCGGAGGGCUGAGGAUGAGUCUGAAACACGCCCAGAAUAAAGGAGAGCCUCACUUUCCCCACGACUACCCAGACUGCCCUGCAGGAGCACGCUUCCAGGAAGAGCAGGAGGCUGAGCUGCUGGCCAAGUUCAGGAGGCGCCCGCCAGCCAAACGGACCAAUUACAUCAAACAUGGCUGCCUGGCUCCGUUCCGUUGUCCCUGGCAACAGCUGGUCGAGGAGUGGGAGCUGAUCGUGAAGGAGGAAGGAGGAGGAGGAGGAGAGGAGGCGGUCGCAUCAAUGGAACAGGAAGUGAAACCACCACAGAGUAACUUCACAGUCUUGAGGAACAGGAAGUCUCUAAGGCAGCUGUCCGCUUGGUGUCGCCCCACAUCCUCUAAAUAUCAGAGGUCACGUAACCCGGGAUCAACACCACAACUCAACCGUAACGUUGCAGCGUCUCUCCUCUCGGCACACGGUGGCAGCAGCCUGGUGUGGAUCCGUCUCUCCCUCGUCGCCAAGGGCCAACCGGAGCAGCACGCCCUGGUGUGUGUCCCCACCGCAGAGGACCUCCAGCUGGUACGUGAGGAGCCGGGCUGCACAGGGCCCCAGGAGCCUCUACACACUGACCACUUCAAGAGCCGCGUCAAACGGCCACGCAAGAAGGACCACAACAAACCUGGAACCUCCGCCAAGCAGUCUGACCCUGCCUCAGUCCCUGGUGUCAACCCUGGUCCUGAUCCUAGCUCCUCUUCCAGCCUCACCAACCCUGAUCCUAGCUCCUCCUCCAGCCUCACCAACCCCUCUUCCUCCUGUACCUCAUCCCUGACUCUGGGUCUCUGGCCGGAGCCCCUUCCCAGCGUCACCUCCCACUGCUCCAGGGUGACUCUGGGCUGGGUGACCCAGGGGGACUUCUCCCUGUCGGCUGGCUGUGGAGAGGCUCUGGGGCUCCUCAGCCUUACUGGUCUCCUACACACCCUGCUCAGACAGCCUGACUGCCAGAGAGGACUGGUGCUGCUACGGAACCCCGGGUCACUGCAAUACCGUUUCGCUAAGAUCAACAUAGAGGUCUGAGGACUACUGCAGGUUCAAUCCCACAUCGCUAAGGUCAACAUAGAGGUCUGAGGAGUACUGCAGGUUCAAUCCCACAUCGCUAAGGUCAACAUAGAAGUCUGAGGAGUACUGCAGGUUCAAUCCCACAUCGCUAAGGUCAACAUAGAAGUCUGAGGAGUACUGCAGGUUCAAUCCCACAUCGCUAAGGUCAACAGAGGUCUGAGGAGUACUGCAGGUUCAAUCCCACAUCGCAACCGUGCCGCUUCUCUACGUAAAGCCACAGACUGAGUAAAACACUGUGCCUAGUGUGAGUCCCUUCACCCCGACCCCUGUUAGGGGUACUAGAUAUGAAAUGCCUGGCAUGCACACACAACAUUACACAUAUUGAAUGACACAUUGUUUGAGUGGAAGAACUUUGAAAUUGAUAAUCAUUCCCUGUAAGGUUUUCUGGGAGUUUUUCAUUUGAGUUGAAAUGAGUUUUAA